GUUCUUUCCCUCGUUCAUCCGUUCGUUAUACACGUUGCGUCUUUUUAAGUAUAUAUUUUUCUCCUUUAUUUAAUAUCAACAUGCAGUUAAAUCAUUUCUUAACCGGUAUCUUUCUACUGAGUUCCGCUUUACAUAUAACUGCUCUUCCUAUUCAGUAAGAUUUCUCCGUCUUCUCCAAUUCCUCAUUACGUCAACUAACAGAUGAGUAGAAAUAUCGAGAAUGCAGGGCUCGCGGAACCUCACCAUCCCCUUGGAGCCCGCGGCUGGGGCAAGAAGGGGUUCUUAGAUGGGUCUGAACGUGCCACGAUUCAGUCAGCAAAGUUGAUCACCCGAAAGAUGUCCAAGAUCCAUGUCCAGGAGCAGCGAAAGAAAUACGGACGUCCGUCUGUUUCAACAAUGCCAUCGGGGCCCAAGGCUCCGUCGAGCCCGAAGCUCGGUCGUCGCUUUCGUCUCGAGAUACUGGAAAAGGGGAUUAUGGCAGACUCCAAGGAGGUGAAAGCGAAGUCGAUGGCCAAGGCUCGUCUGGAGCGUAAGGCUAAGGCAGCAGAGAAGAAAUUCAGAAAACAUGUGAAGGCGAACGGACUCGAGUUCAUGUUCCCGCAAGUAUACAAGUCGGGGUCCAAGGCUCCGUCGAGCCCGAAGAUCGGUCGUCGCUCUCGUCUCGAGACAGGGCAAAAGGGAAUUAUGGCAAGCUUCAAGGAGAUGAAAGCGAAGUAUGCCAAGGCUCGUCUGGAGCGUAAGGCUAAGGCUGCAGAGGCUCGUCGGGAGCGUAAGGCUAAGGCAGCAGAGAAGAAAUUCAGAAAACAUAUGAAGGCGAACGGACUCGAGUUCAUGUUCCCGCAAGUAUACAAGUCGGGGUCCAAGGCUCCGUCGAGCCCGAAGAUCGGUNUUCAGAAAACAUAUGAAGGCGAACGGACUCGAGUUCAUGUUCCCGCAAGUAUACAAGUCGGGGUCCAAGGCUCCGUCGAGCCCGAAGAUCGGUCGUCGCUCUCGUCUCGAGACAGGGCAAAAGGGAAUUAUGGCAAGCUUCAAGGAGAUGAAAGCGAAGUAUGCCAAGGCUCGUCUGGAGCGUAA